AAUUAAUUUAUGAGAUAAUUUAGCGGGACUUGGAAAAGAAGAGGAGGUAAUGCAAAUAACAGACCAUUUAGAGGAGGAAAUUAAAAUUCUAGAAAUAAUAGAUAAAAUAACAAUAGAUCAAAUAAUCAAAGAGGAAACUUUAAGAAUAAUUAAUUUAGGAGAUAAUCAAAUUAAAAUUCUGGAUAUAAUAGAUAAAGAAAUUAAAAUUCUAACAGAGGAGGAGGAUCUUAAAGAGGAAGAGGAAAUAGAUAAGGAUUUUAAUAAGAAAAUACAUAGCGAAGAAGAAGGUUUGGUUUCAAAUAAAAAAAUUAGAAUGUAAAUUUUAUAUUUAUUGAAUAGGGUGAAAAUAAAUAAAGAUUUAUCAAAACUGGAAGAAAGAAUAGAAUUAAUUCAGAUGUUUAUAAAAUAGCCAAGGAUCUUUAAAGUAUAUAUCAUAGUUUAUUAUUAUUAGGAAAAUCUAAAAUGGAAUAAGCAUUAGAUAAUUAUUGGAAGAAAAGUGAUUAAUCAAAGAAUGAAAAGACUACUCAAGAAGUAAAUAAUGAAAAAUGAUAUCAAUUAAAUAUAUAUUAAUAAUUA